AUGUCAGUAGAUCUCCCUAUACUAUGUUUCAAUGACGUGUAUAGGGUCAAUCAGAGAUACGUAUCUCAACCUGGGGCACCUUCUGUUUCCUCAAAAACCGACGGACACAUCAGUGUAUCACAGUUCGGGCAUCUCUUGUUAGACCAACGUGCCGAAUGGGCGGACAGAUCGAACUCAAGUUCCAGCACCGAGACAAGGGAGAAAGAUGGUUUGGUAGUGUUCGCCGGUGAUGUGUUUAAUCCUAGUACCGAAUCGAGCGUCACUCGAGGCUCUCAUAUGGUACCCAUCAUGAAUGCUCUUGGGAUCGAUUGUGCUUGUGUCGGAAACCAUGACUUUGAUUUUGGUUAUCCUCAUCUCACGAAGCUCAUUUCAUCCACCAGUUUCCCCUGGUUGCUUUCUAACAUCGUGGACGAUAAGACCGGAAAUACACCAGCACCUUUGCAAAAGUAUUGGGUAACAGAGCGAUGUGGUGUCAAGAUUGGCAUCAUCGGUCUUGUCGAACAGGACUGGAUAGCUACAAUACCUUCAUGGCCGGACAGCUUCAAGUACAAACCGAUGAAAGAUGUCGCUUUGGAGCUUUCUACUGAGCUGAGAGAUCCAAAAGGACAACACAAGGUGGAAGUCAUCAUCGCCCUCACUCACUGUCGAGUGCCUAAUGACAUAGCUCUUGCAAAUGAGCUAGGAGCUGUCCAUGGGCCAGAUAGCUCUAGGCAUGGAGUGGACCUUCUCAUUGGAGGACAUGAUCAUAUUGGGAAAGGGGCGAAAAGUUGGGAAGGAUAUUCAGGUGACCACGAAGCUCCAGGAACUGAGAAGGAUAAAGGUGUCAUGCUCAUUAAGUCCGGUACUGACUUCCGUGAUCUCUCCUCGGCCACCCUCUCCCUCUCACCGCCUACCAAUUCCAUCAGACGACGGACAAUCAUGUCCCUUACCGGUGUACAUCACUAUGUCCUUCCCGUCUCCCCAUCUUCACCAUCGAUCGAUGCCUUGCUCAAAAAUCUUCUAUCAUCAGUAUCCUCCACACUUUCCAAAUCGGUGUGCUUCACUCUCACACCCUUCGAUGCGAGAUCCGAAAUGGUACGUACUCGUGAGACAGGACUAGGGAACUGGGCUGCGGAUGUCUUGUUGCAUGCAUAUGCUGAAAGUAUGAUAGAGGGCGGUAAGAAGAAGGAUAUUGUGGAGAAGGAAGGUCAUGAUGAAUUAGUAGGAGUGGAAGAGGGAGCGGACGCCGUAAUAAUUUGUGGUGGAACACUCAGGGGAGAUUCUCAGUAUGGACCCGGCAAAAUUACUAUGGGUGAUAUCUUGGAGAUCUUUCCAUUUGAGGAUCCGGUAGUUUGCAUCGAGAUCGACGGCAAAGGGAUAUGGGACACUCUUGAGAGUGCUUUGAGUAAAUGGCCAGCGCAAGAAGGUCGAUUCCCCAUCAUCUCUGGUCUAGUCGUAAAGUGGGAUCAUACCUUACCUCCAUAUCAGAGAGUCAAAAGCAUACAUCUUUCUGCUGCAGCUCAGAAAGAAGACUUGGAUGAUCCGGACGACCUGGUGGAUUUUGUGGAUCAAGAGGACGGAACGAGGAUUGAAGUGAAACAACGACCUCCGGAAGUAGGCGAGGAAGUGAAGAAUGAGGAAGGUGGGAGAAUGUAUAAAGUUAUCACUCGAGAGUACAUGGCUCAAGGCUACGAUGGGUUUACCGCCUUGAAAAAUCGUCGUACCCUUAUCGAUGAUGAAUCCGGUUUGAUCAUAUCAUCUAUCAUACGUUCUUUUCUUCUUGGUUCUUCUUAUAUAUUCAGACACAAACAACUAGUCGCUUCCCAUACAGCACAUUUAUCAACUCGUACAAAACCUAUAAUUUCAAAAGCUCGUCAAUCUUUACUUUCACCUUCUUCUUCACCAGAUUGUUCACCUCGUAAUUCACAUUUAUCCUCUUCCCCAAACUUUCCUCAAAACAAUUCUUGGGUAUCUCCCUCUUCUCUACAACCUUUCGGCAUAUUAUCAUCCACCAACUCUCAAUCACAAACGCCAGGUUCUCCAGGAAGAUUAAGCCUCGUAGCACCUCGUAGUCCACCAAGAGAACGUGGGAACCCUCUGGAAAGUCCAGGUAUCUUUCGAAAGAAUUUCAUCGAACCACCUAGUCCGAUGGACGUAAGGUUAGAAAGUAUGGGUUUUGGUUUUGGUUUUGGUAGUGGAGGAGAAGGAAAGAAACAUGUGAUAAGUCAUAGUUGGUCUGCUAUAAGGGAUGCAAUGUUCAUUUCGAGACAUGAACAUUUGAGUGAUGUAGAUUGUUUAGAAGGUGAUAAAAUGAGAGCUCAACAUACUUCUUCUUCUCAGCAGAAUGAAUCCAAGACGAUGGAUAUACCGGGGGCCACCAAUGAAGCAUUGGGGGUGAUGGAAGAUGAAUUAGCUAUAGUUUGUCCUUUGAUAGAUGGUAGGUUGAAAGAUGUUGCGGUGGAAGAGUUGUAAUUAGUUCAAAAUUAUCAUGACAUUCAAAGGCAUUGUGCAUAUUUGUGAA